UCAAACCAAAUCUAAAGUUCAUCAUGAGGGCUAUUACAUUAGCAGUUUUUGCUAUCUUGUUGGUUGCCGUAAUGGCACGACGUGGCGAAGGCCAGGGCCCUCCUGGCCUUGGCGGACUGGGUGGCCAUGGCCUUGGAGGACUGGGUGGCCAUGGUCCUGGCGGACAUGGACGUCCACAUGGUCCUCCCGGUGGCAAGCCACCAUCAGGUGGAUCUGAAGGCGACGAGAACGACAAUAAUGACAAUGAUCAAAAUGAUGAUGAUAAUAAUGACAAUGAUGAUAAUAAUGACGGCGAGAAUAACCAGGGCGACGAUGGCGAAGCGGAAGAUGAGAAUGAAGCGAAUAACGAAGAGAAUCAGGACGGCGAUCAGAACAACGAUCAGAAUGCCUAAAAUCUAAUUCUGCUUGAAACUUCAAGUCUCUGCUUGCUCAAAUUAUAAAAAGAAUCAUACAAUAAAU